GGAGCACCAGACGGUCACAGUGCAGAUAUCAGGAAUGAUGAACAGCCGCGCGCUUUGCCUCUACAUCGCGCUCCUCUACCCGAUUCCCAAAACAUUGACGGAAUACUCAACCAAUACUGACUCGGAGUACGAGUUUGGGGAUUACCGGGGCAAGUGGUGCUUAGACGACCACGGAUUUGUGUAUAGCAUCGGGGAGGUGUACUAUCCCAGUCCAUCUGCUUGUCCGUGCACCUGCACUGAAGACGGACCCGUGUGCAUACGACCCAAGUGUCCUCGCAUUCAUCCUCGAUGUACGCGGAUUAAAUACAAGUCCUGCUGUCCAGUGUGUGAGGCAGUCAGCAAAGUGUGUGUAUAUGGUGGCAAAAUGUACAGAAUCUUCGAGGAAUUCAGGUUGUCACGCUGUGAGAGAUGUCGUUGUGAGCCCAACAGGGAGGUGUAUUGUUCCAUCUCUGACUGUCCUGCACCACACUGUGUCAACCCUACAUAUGAGCCCAACCACUGCUGUCCUGUCUGCUACACUGGGCCCAAUUGUUUUGUGGGAGACAGAGUGAUCUCGGCAGGGGAGCGGGUGGAGAUAGACAAGCAGACUGUGUGUUACUGCACCUACCGGGACGGCACCUGGCAGAUGCACCCCCAUGCCACCUGCGAGCAGCGCCCGUUGCCGGACCCCGAUCUCAACCCCAGCCCCUCUGAGCCCCCCGAGGAAGACGAGACCAAGCAGAUGGACAGGGACUUCCGCCCCAGGCUGGACUGGAUCCCGUGAGCAGGCAGGAGGGUGGGUGUGAGGGUAAUAGUGCGCCAAGGGGAAACGGGGAGAUGAUGGGGAAGGUUGUUUUCCGUGCCCUGCUGAGUGCAGUCUGCAUAGGGCUUAGGGCCAGGGAUGACCUACUACACCACAUUAUACAACCACAAUAACAUUACUGGCUAGUAGUGUUUAUGCAAUAUUAUAUAAAACUUUGCACACAGGGACAAUGUAUGGUGCACAUUCAAGACAAUACACAACUAUAACAUAUAGUUUGUUGAAAUUAAUUUGUCUUCAUUUUCCUUCACUUGCAGUAGUCUGGUUUUGUCAUCAAAGGGCUGGUGUAAGUGGACACUUAGAGAUGGUGGCAACAUCCACCCUUUUUUUAAUCUCAGGUAUACACUAGUGCACAUUAACGUUGCACUGUAUAUUUCUCUUUGACUACUGUUGUUUCUUUACUAACUUAAAUAUAUCCAUUAUAGAAUUGUUCUAAUACUGAAAUGGAAAUGUUCCUUUUUCUGAAUGCAAAUUGACUUGUGGUUCUAUGAAGUGUAGCUUUGAUUGGCAUAUUAUCAAAUAAACAUCAGGAAACGUAUGUAUCAAGCAUCUCAGAUUCAAGUGGCAAUUUAGGAUCAGUUUUGCCUUUAAUAGAUUACAAUGAAUAUAAGAUUACAUGGAUAAGGGGCCCUGACCCCAGAUCAACCCUCCUACGGAGAUGCUUGAUACAGACCCAGUUGAAUGAAUGACAAUGUCCCAUCUUUAUACUUGUUUACAUGCAGGCAAGCUCCUACACCAGGGGUAGGUAACCCUGUUCCUAGAGUGCAACAAGUACUGCAGGGUUGUUCCAACGAGGCACCACAUGACCAAUUGAUCAGUUCAGUGAUUGCCCAAAUUCAACACACCUGGUCUUCCAGGUUAGUUAAAUCAAAAACAUGAAGUGGCUGUGGCACUACAAGACCAGGAUUGCCUACCCCACCCUACACUUUUCCCUGGACAAGGAUUCUAUCGGAUCUCAAGGCUCUUGGCAAAGUUUCUUACAUGAUUGUUACUUUUGUCUUGCUUUCUAGGUUACCCACUUGGUCAUUUAUUUUUGAUAUAUUAUUUUCUGGUACAUGUACCCAUCUUGUUAUUAAAUACAAUUUGUUUUUUGUGCGGGCCUUCUUGUUCCAUACUGGGGCGGCAGUGUAGCCUAGUGGUUAGAGCAUUGGACUCGUAACCAAAAGGUUGCAAGUUCAAAUCCCCGAGCUGACAAGGUACAAAAUCUGUCGUUCUGCCCCUGAAUAGGCAGUUAACCCACUGUUCCUAGGCCGUCAUUGAAAAUGAGAAUUUGUUCUUAACUGACUUGCCUAGUAAAAAAAGGUGAAAUACUCUUUAACAAGAUGGCCCAUUCAUCAUAUCCCUCACUGGAAACUUAAUUUAGUCUCUUAGAUGAGCAACCUCCUGCAAAAUGGAUUUGUAUUUUCAGCCAUGAAGAUAAAUUCUCCAUAAAUAAUUUACCUCUGCUAUCCAUAAUUUAGUCAUCCAUUAACAUUGACAAAGUAUCAAAUAUAUCCUGACGUGAACCACAAUUCAUUGGCCCCCUCUGACAACUUUUGGAUUGUACAGCAGUCUAAGAGACUGCAUCUCAGUGCUAGACAUGCAACUACAGACCCUGGGUCAAAAUGAGAAUUUGUUCUUAACUGACUUGAUCAACCAGCCGUGAUCAAGAGUCCCAUAGGGCGGCGCACAAUUUACCCAGCGUCGUUAGGGGAGGGUUUGGCCGGGGUAGGCAGUCAUUGUAAAAUAUCAAUUUGUUCUUAACUGAC